AUGAAUUUUAAUUUAAAGAAAUUUACAAAUGAUGCUUCUGGUUUUUUUACAAGAGCUAAACAAUUUACAGAAGAAACUUUUUUAAAUGCUGAAAGAACUGAACUUGAUGCUAAUUUUGAGAAUCUUCUUCAAAGAGCUGAUAAAACAGAGGAGCAUACUAAAAAGUUGUUGUCAUGUUUAGAAUGUUAUUUACAACCUAACCCAACAGUAAGAAUGGAAGAAGUUUUAUAUGAAAAAUUAGAACUUAAAAAGGAAGAAGUUAAAUUAAAUAAUUUUGAAAAACUUGGUCAGGCAAUGUUAGAAGCAGCAACAUCAUUUGGCUCAGAAACUCCAUAUGGUGAUGCUUUAUUAAAAACUUCCCAAUCUCAAAUCAAAUUAGGUAAUAUUGAAAGAGAGUUUAUUAAUAAAUGUGCCAAUAAUACUUUAUUACCAAUUAGAAGAUUCCUAGAAGGUGACAUUAAAACUAUUCAAAAAGAAAGAAAAGUACUUAAUCAUAAACGUCUUGAUUUGGAUGCCUGUAAAAAUCGUUUAAAAAAAGCAAAAUCACAAGAAACUCAAGCAUCUCCUGGUAUUGGGUUAACUAUUGAACAGGCUGAAGCUGAUUUAAGAGUUGCACAAAGUGAAUUUGAUAAACAAGUUGAAAUUACUAAAUUGUUACUUGAAGGAAUACAAACUGCACGUAAUACUCAUUUAAAAUGUAUAAAAGAUUUUGUUGAAGCACAGAUGGCUUUUUAUGCUCAGGCUCAUCAAACAAUGGUUGAUCUUCAGAGGGAAUUAUCAAGUGAUGGUCCUUGUGCUUAUUCUUUGGAUUCUUUUUAA